UUUGAACAAUUUGAAGUGAGCGGCAUAUUCGAACAGGCUGCAUCACUUACGGUUUUCUACUAAUUUCUCUCAAAUAACCGACGUAAAGUGUAGAAAAGGACAUUUCUUCUUGUUUACGCUUCAUGUUGAUGUUAUGUUAUUCUGAGCUAUGAAGUGAUGUGUUGUUGUCACUCAGACAUGUCUUCAAUCAAAAGAAAUCUUCCAUGAGAAUUUAUUGUUUCUGCCGUUUGCUUCAUAUAACGAUCACAACCAGUUUCAUACCUUAAAAAGUUUCCAAUUCUCUCAGAGAUAUUCGUAAUUUUAGCUUGUAUUUUCAUUCUUUCAGUUGUGAUCUAGAUCCAUUUUUAAUUACAAAACGUGGAGUCAUCUAAAUCCAUCUGUUAGUUUGGAGCCAUUUACGAAAAAUUCUGUAACUUGUGGUUAUUUAGAAAAAAAUGUCUCCGGAGAAUAUGGAUAAUAUUUGCACUCAAGAUAAACUUGUUUCGAAACAAAAAGUUAGUAAAGCAGCUCGUCGUCGUGAAAAACGAGCUGCUCUUCAACAUGCUCAACAGACAGCUGCUUUAAUGAAUAUACAAACAGAUAGAUCUAAUAGUCUUCGAUCUGUUGAAAUGAAAAAGUUAGAAAAAGAACUUUCAGCCCGUCACCUAUGUUUAUUUGAAUAUACUUGUGGUUAUUUACAUCACCAUGAGGCUUGCUAAUUUAUUUAUGGUGAAUUAUAGAACUAAGAUAUAUUCCUGCUAUACAGCUUCAAGACAUGAGAAGCACCUAAGGAAACACAACCAGAAUUCGGUCGGUUUUUAGUCGAUCUUGAUGAUAUAAUCUGUCAAGGCUUAAGUAUUUAAAGUGCCUUCUGAAAUUAGCCAAACUCUGUUUUGGAAACACAUGAAUGAAAUCUUCGUUAUAUGUGAUAAAGGUUUUGUUGUUGUUCAGUUAUUAAAUAAAUUCAAUAACGUACAGAAUAAUAUCGCACUAACAUAAGCGGAAGAAAGUAAUAACCGAAUACUCUUCUCGGACAUGCUCUUGAAUUGAUGGGUGGAUGAAACAAAAGGCGGUUAGUUUAUAAGUAGCCAACCCGACCUGGUCGAUGUUUAAAUUUCCAGUUUCUGUCUAUUGCAACAUAAGCGAGGUUUGAUAAAGCGCCUUUUUUGACAGGACUCAAACAAUAUAAACCACGUAUAAUUGUUUGAAGAAGAUACAAAACUGCUGACCAAUACACAUACCAAACGGUUACCCACUAAAUUUCAUAAAUAGGUGCAAAAUUCUGUUAACACCAAAACCCCUUUAAUUCUGCUGCAAAGAAAAAUGCUUAUACUUCUCUACCACUUAAAGGUGGAUCUAGCAAGGUGAUUUACAGACUGACUAAAAGCAGCCAUUGAAAAACAUUACGCUGCUAAAUUGGUUGUGAUUGAAGUGACUAAGCCCGUGAUUUUAAAUGGACCUAGACGCUGCACGAACGAUCACGUCACAUCCCAUUGCACUUACUAAUUUACAUUUUUGUGUGGACACAUAUAUAGGGGAGAGUAAUCGAAUAUUGCGAUCAAAGGUUAUGGAAAUUGUGCCUAGAUGGCUUCAAAAUCAGUUCAUGUCAAAUGUUCCGGUAAACGUGGUAAGUAGAAAACAAUGUUCAUCGUUAGGAUUCACAUUAAUACGGCUUUUGUAUAGAAAUUGUCAAGGAUGAAUUCUCAGGUUUAUAGAAGUCUUAUCUUUUCGCAAAUUCAAACCCAUCUUAUGUGCCUUUAGUUUUAUUGUUCCAUAAUUGUUAGUUCAUAUUCGGUUUGAUAAAUCCUCAUUACAUUUUGAAUGUUCACUACCUCAAUUUUCAAAUGAAGACGGACACAUUGAAGAUUUCAGUAUUAGUAAAUAUAACGUAUUUUUCUAAACGAUGAUCAUAGAUAGAAGUCAUAAAAUAAGUAUAGUUUGUAGUAACCUAUGUGCAUGGUGACCUAUUGAUUAAAGCAUUUGACUUUCUCAGGUCCCAAACCUUCUUCAACAGGUUUGUAUCAUUAGCUCAGACAAAAUGUCUUACUUAAAACCGGGUAAACAGAUGUUAGUGCAAUGUAAACACCCCAAUAUUUACUGGUCAACUCCUGUAAUUUGUUUAGAGAGACGUACGCGCUUCAUUAAUAUCUAAAUAAGACAGGAACAGUCGUUAUAACUUCUACCAAUGAUUCUUUUACUGUUCUUUCUUUAUAUUAUUUAUUGUGAGGUUCCUUCAGAUGGAGAUUGCCUUUAUCAGUCAAUUGGGCAUCAAUUAAAAAUUCGGAAUUAUCCAUUACACACAUUAAUAGGAAAGAUUGAAAUGUCUAAUCCAGAAAUUCUUAAUGAUAUUACUACCGAUCUGACAAUGAAACAAGUAGUGAAAAUUUUGCGUCAUCUUGCAUCGUAUCACAUUCGCAAAAAUAUGGAUGAUUUCCUACCAUUUUUGUUCAACCCAGAUUCUGGAGAACCAAUGAGUAUAGCUAAUUUUGAACAAUAUUGUGACAAUAUAGAAAAAACAUCAACGUGGGGUGGACAAAUUGAAAUCCGUGCCUUAUCUACAAUGCUUCAACUUCCUAUUGAAAUAUUACAAGCUGAAGGAGUCCCAUUAAUUAUUGGAGAAGAGUUUUCUGAAGAGCCACCAAUCACUAUUGUAUACCACCGUUACGCGUUCGCGCUCGGUGAACACUACAAUUCCUGUUUAAAGAAGCACGAAUUUCAAUGACGAUUCUUAAGAGAAGAAUGAUAAAGGACUUCCAUGUAAAUAAUAAUUACUUAACCAUUGCGUAUAUUAUAACUGUGCUAAUAUUAUUAUUUGAUCAAAAUUAGCAUUCGCUUUUCAAAGAAAAAGAGACUCUAAAAUGUAAUAUAGUUCCUUUGGGGUUCAAAAUUUAUUUUAUUCAGUAAUAACUCUACUGGAAUAAAAUACAACACUGCGGAUUUCACUAUAUUUUGUAAAUGUUCUAAUUUUCGUUGAAAUUUGAGGAGCAUUUCAUUUGUUUUGUAUAUUUCUUGUAAACAAUUUUAUUAUUUUAUAUAUUUGUGCUGCGAC